CGACUCGUGGCGAGUGUCUCGCAAAGCAGCGGCUGCUCCUCCGGGGGACUUGCGCCUUAGGCGACCCGCUGCGGCUGCCCUGGCUCCGGGAUCGCGCUGCGUGCCAGGUGCCCUGUUGAUUUGCUCAACCUGAGUAUUUCUAGAAGGUGCCAUGUGCAGAAAUGCCACUUCGAUCCAACUUUGUAUCCAUUACGAAUAAGCUUUUAGAUAUGAUCUGCCAUAACAGGGAACGCUUCUGGAACUGGCAAAUCCAUUAAGAAGAUCUUUUGGAUGCAAUGUAAGAAUACACGCUCUGAAAGUAGGCCAUAGAGCUGACGGUAUUCAAAAUGGUGUAUGGUGAGUUCUUCCACAGACCGGGACAAGAUGAGGAGCUCAUCAAUUUGAAUGUGGGUGGCUUUAAGCAGUCCAUUGGUCAAAGUACAUUGCUCAGAUUUCCCCAUACAAGACUUGGAAAGCUCCUCAAAUGUCAUUCAGAAGAGGCCAUUCUGGAACUGUGUGAUGACUAUAGUGUUGCGGACAAGGAGUAUUAUUUUGAUCGGAACCCUUCGUUGUUCAGAUACGUGCUGAACUUUUAUUACACAGGUAAACUCCAUGUUAUGGAAGAGCUUUGUGUCUUCUCCUUCAGCCAAGAAAUAGAAUACUGGGGGAUCAAUGAACUCUUCAUUGAUUCCUGCUGUAGCAAUAAGUACCAAGAAAGGAAAGAAGAUGGUCCUGAGAAGGACUGGGAACAGAAAAGUAAUGAUGGAAGUGCGGACUCCACAUCAGAAGAGUCUUCUGUAUUUGAGAAGGAUCUUGAGAAGUUCGAUAAGCUGUGGUGUGGGAACCUGCGCAGAAACAUAUGGGUAAGAAUGGAGAAUCCUGGAUAUUGUUUGUCAGCCAAACUAAUUGCUGUUUCUUCCCUGAGUGUGGUCCUGGCAUCUAUCGUGACCAUGUGUAUCCACAGCAUGCCGGAGUUCCAAAAGCUGGAUGCCAAUGAAAGAGAGAUUGAAAACCCUGCUCUGGAAGUUGUGGAGAUCAUAUGCAUCAUCUGGUUCACCUCUGAGCUCGUGAUCCGGCUGGCUGCUGCUCCAAGUCAGAAGAAGUUCUGGAAGAAUCCACUGAACAUCAUUGAUUUUGUCUCCAUCAUCCCAUUCUAUGCCACCUUGGCAGUGGACACAAAGGAGGAAGAAAAUGAAGACAUUGAAAACAUGGGCAAAGUGGUCCAGAUCCUACGGCUAAUGAGGAUAUUCCGUAUCCUGAAGCUGGCGAGGCACUCGGUUGGACUGCGGUCUCUGGGUGCCACUUUGAGGCACAGUUACCAUGAAGUCGGACUUCUGCUUCUUUUCCUGGCUGUGGGGAUUUCUAUUUUUUCCGUUCUGACCUAUUCAGUGGAGAAAGAUGACGAGACAUCAGAGCUGCAGAGUAUCCCCAUCUGCUGGUGGUGGGCCACCAUUAGCAUGACCACCGUUGGUUACGGGGACACCUUUCCAGUCACCCUAGCUGGAAAGAUCAUUGGAACAUCUUGCAUUAUCUGUGGAAUAUUAGUGGUGGCUCUCCCUAUCACCAUCAUUUUCAACAAGUUCUCAAAAUACUAUCAAAAGCAGAAGGACAUGGAUGCGGACCCCUGCAACAACAACCCGCCGGAGAAGACAAACGAGCUUCCUUAUUUUAAUAUUAGGGAUAUUUAUGCCAAAAGGAUGCAUUCCUUUAUUUCUAGUCUUUCUUCAGUAGGAAUUGUAGCCAACGAUCAAGACUCAACGGACGCCUCCAGCAUCCAAGAUGUUGAGGAUGUUUAUAACGUAACAUCUUUGCAGAAUGAACGGGCAUCUUUAGUCUCUUCGAAGACCCAUCUGUGACCGGACCCGUAGUCUGCUGGUUACCUCUGGCACUAAGCACAGCUAAAAGCAUCCACACAUAUUGAAAAGAUGCUUCAGCAUCCAGCUAUUCAGAAUGGUUAAAGGAUCUCUCCCUUAUGCAACCCCAGGGGAGAUAACUGUGAGCAGUAAGUGGCAAAAAAAAAUGAGGCAGUGCUGGCAGAUGUUGCUAGAGCUUAUUGUGCAUUCGCUGUUACAGCUUCGCACCAACUCCUCCCUCCCCAUUCCACCCAAAAAGAAGCCAUACGUACCAUUGAUUGCCUCAUUUUAUACUUUUGGCCAGCAAGAUGGUUUGUAUAGAAUCAGCUAAACCACAUGACCUGAUUUUCAUGUUCCCCUCCCCCAUGAAUUGAAGCAUCCGCUUUUGGGAUUCAGCCUAACUUUGCCAAAUGCUUCCUUGCCAUGAUUACCAUCAUUACGUUUGCCGCUGAAUAAAAACGAUGAUAGCAAUGUAUUUGUGACCUCUUGUUAAUACCGCCUGCUGUUCUUUCGCUUGUGGAUUGUUAAAAAUUUCAGUAACUGGGAUACUUUCUCAGUGGGCCAACUGUGCAACCCUCUCCGCUAACCACUUCACAAUAAGGCAGGCUACCUCAACACCAAUAAAACUUUGA